AGGCCGGAAGUACCACUUUAACAAUGGUUAUAACUAAGAAGACCGCCGCUAAGCUUAAAAUUAAAAAUACAUGACUGAUUAAGACAUUUAGAUUUAUUACAAUACGAAAAAUAAUAAAUGACUUAUUGGAUCCGUGUUUCAAUCUUGCAUUUAAUGCUUCUAUCAUCUGUUUGGUGUGGAGGUAGCUCUAGAUCUUUUAAAUCCAAAAGUUUGACGAGACUUCAGUCACUUGAGAAACAGAAAACGGAGAUAAAAUCUACUGAGACUACUGUCAAUACAGAGAAAUCUCAGAAAUCUGUGAAGAGUGCGACAUUUGACGUGGAAAACCUAGAUCUUAAAAAUGUUGCAUUCGAUCAAUGCCGUGAAGCUAAUUGCAGUCAGAUUGCAAGGAUUAACAAUCAAUGCAUAAAUCCCAAUGAUUGUAAUGUUUGUGGAUUAACUGGUGUUGAGAAUAUCUAUGAGUCGUUAAGAGAAGGUGUGUAUUGUGCAGAUAAGAAGGAUGUGAUCACGUUAACUAAUAGAAGAGGUGGUUUGUUAUUCACUGUGAGGUUUCCAUUUAUGGGUCAGUCUUGGGACUUCUGUCAACUAGGACUUCUUCAAAGCAAUAGAUUGGACUCUGCUGAUAGAUUUGUGACCCUGGACAAAGUACUGGACUCUAUACAGUGCACGGACUUAAGCUGUACACCCUACAAUCUACAAGCUAAACUGUGCUCCCUUGAUGUCAGUGAUGUGGUAGAUCAAGGAUGCUUUGACAGAACUCCCAUCUUGAGUGUUCCAAUAAGCAAGGAGGCUAUAGUCUUGUAUUUGGAUGAAAACCUGAGCUGCAAGAAAUGUCUGCUACAACUAAGCAUAUCUGAAAAUAAAAUUGACCAAUCACUAAUGUGUUUCCCCAUGAGCGUCGUACCAGCUAGUGUCAAGAUGAAGCGCUAUGCUUCUGACCUGGACAAAGAAACUACUACUACCAAAAGCUCUCUACCAGUCUUGCUAAAAAAAAUUGUCUUGAGCAGUGCAGAGAUUAAACCCAAUGCCUCUAAAGCUGAUGAACCACAUUCUCAGCAAAAUUCUUCCCAAACCUCCAAACCUGUGAAUCCUCAAAAUAUUCAGAAUGGGCAGGAACCUAGGCUUGCUAAACAUAACAGUGGGGAUUUAGUGGAGGAAUCUCAGCUUGCCAAUCAGUCAGUUACACAGAGUGCUGAAGAUCUGAAAAAUAACAGCCUUAGAGAAAGCCCAGUAGAUAGCAAAGUGCCUGUAAACCCUGAUGGUGCUGAUGAAGAAAACUUUUCUAAAAAGCAGGCAAAUGAAAAUCCUAUUCAAAUAGGUAAAGAAGAUCAAAGCAAGAAGCCAGGCAGUGAGACAAUGAAAACAGCAUCUGUAGUGAAAGAGAUGUCAACCACUGAGAACACCAGGACAACGUUGACAAACACAACGAAUACUAAAUCACAAAACAUCAAAAAGGAACCUGAAAAAAAAUCUCUUUAUCCCAAAGCUUUAACACUGAAUGUGAACACCAACAGUUUGAAAUCCUUCACUUUCCAUGAGCUGAAGGCCCCGACCUUACCAACAACUACUAUGAAAUUUGAAGAUUUAUGGAACAAGAGAAUGCGAGAAAGUGAGAUGAAAAGGAAGGAACGGGAACAAUUUGAGGCCAUUCAAGAUGAUGAUGAUCCACCACCUCAAAAAGAUCCCUUUAUUUCGAUGGAUAAAGAAAUUGGACAGUCUAGAAGCAAGGCUUCAACCUUGAAGGCUAUGAACCUGGUUCUCUCUUUACUCCUUGUCAUUGCAUUGAUUGCUAUCCAGAUAUAAAGCACAAUACCAAUUUUAUUUACAAAGGGAGGCUACUUCUUUUCUUUAACAGCACCGUAAGGGAAAACUAUUCCCUAGUUGGAUUCAUUAGCCAAAUGUAAAAUGUUUUAUAUACUAAUACUGAUAAAAGAUGUUUGUGCUUAUUGUUUCAAAGUUAUUCAAUUUUUUUUCCUCUGGUUUACAUAAACAUUUUAAAUUGUUUUAAGUUAUUGAUUAUGCACUAAAUAUUUAGUACCAUUUGCUCAAAAUAGUGUCCUGGAUAUUCUAUCACUAUAGGUAGAUCAUGAUUGUUGCUCUGAUGCUAUAGAAUGCUGUUGUAGAAAAUAGUUAUGAAAGCCCCAGUGAAGAAAGGGUUCUUAUUGGACAUUAUUUUGUCAGAAUUAUUUAUUUCUUUUCAUAUGUUUGAUUUCACCCAUGAAUCUUGCUUCUGAUAUUGGAUGCAAUGUAAAUGGCUUACAUGUAGUGCCUAUUUACCAUACGCCACAAAACCUUAAAAAAAAAACUGGGUUGUGGAAAAGAAAAUAGAAGUUAAAAGAAGUAUAUUCCAAAUACUGAAAUAUAAUAUAUAUAUAUAUAUAUUAUAUAUAUGUAUAAUUAUAUAUAUGUAAUUAUAUAUCUGGCAUUUUAUGUCUUGAGAGACUUCUUGUGUGACUAAAGAGGCCAAUCCUUGAUGCACAGCUGAUGUCACAGGUUGGGCCUUAUAUGAUAAUAUUACUAUGCAAAAACUUGUAUGUGUCCAGUGAGCGAAUUGUAGAAAGAAUCAUCUCUUUUCUAUUUGAGCGUUUUAUUUCAUAAUGUUUCCCCUUAUAUUCAGUACCAGAAUAAGCAAGAAAGAAGAAAAAAAUGUGUAUGAAUAUUUGUAUUUCUUUAAUCCACUAGUAAUAUUGUUUUGUGCAUUGUUUAAGUCAGUCUGUCCUAUUGUAGCAAUGUUCAAGUCAGUCUGUCUUACUGUAGCAAUGUUCAAGUCAGUCUGUCCAAGUGUAGCAAUGUUCAAGUCAGUCUGUCCUAGUGUAGCAAUGUUUAAGUCAGUCUGUCCAAGUGUAGCAAUGUUUAAAUCAGUCUGUCCUAGUGUAGCAAUGUUCAAGCCAGUCUGUCCUAGUGUAGCAAUGUUCAAGCCAGUCUGUCCUAGUGUAGCAAUGUUCAAGCCAGUCUGUUCUAGUGUAGCAAUGUUCAAGCCAGUCUGUCCUAGUGUAGCAAUGCAAGAUAUUUUUUGUACAAUAAUAAAAUUUGUUUUUAAUGACUUGAAGUGACAUUCAUGACCAUGAAAACCAGAGCUUGUUGCCCAGAGUUGGGUUAAAACAAUAUACGUCUUUGCAGCUCAGGAAGGUUUUGGACUUAGUCAAUAAGUUUUUCAUGUUCAUCUCCAAAUGUCUCCUUGGACAAUAUACACACAUUAUGUCAAUAUCAGAUAACUUUGAAGGGACCUAUGUGUUUUUCAUUUGUUAUAGUUCUUAUUGUUUUAUUCAGAAUGUUAAUUGAUUAGAAUAUAAAUUGGAAAUAAAGUUAAUAGUCAUGAAA